AUGUACAAGAAAUACUGUCAAGGAAAACAAUACUACAAUAUCAAUAACGAGCCAACAAUAGCUAUUGAUGAAAAAAUGGACUUCCAAAAAUAUGUUGCUCCUCAAGAAAUUUGUUCGGACGGAAUGGCCGCAAUUCCUGGAUCCCAGAAGUGUCUUAAAUACAAAUACAUAGGUGAUGAUCAAAUAGAAUUCUCUGAUGAAAAUGAUAACAAAUUAAUUUGCUCUAAAACUACAAGUACAGAGCAAGAUUUCGUUAUUGGCUCAACAGCUGUUAAUUGUCCGCCAUUUGAAAGGUUCAAACGUUCAAUCGCUUUAGAUUCAUCUCAUUUCUUAAACGAUCCUUUUGGUGAUGAACCAACUAAAUACUCAGAAUGGGACAAAGAUUACGUAAGUCGCGAUCCAAUUAAACUUUCUCCUUGGGAUCCAUCGAAAUUCAUUAAUCCUGUUCCUGGAGGAGACACAGAAGGCGGAAACACCCAAAACCAAACAGAUCCAGAUCACGGAAAUGAAAAACCAGAUACUAAACCUGAAGAAAGUAAAGAAACAAAAACAGAAGAAAAUUCAGAAACGAAAACAGAGGAAACUACAAAAAAAGAAGAAACUACAGAGGAUGAACAACAGGCUGAAAGGAUGAAGAAGCUCAAAAUAGGUUUAGGUGCUGGAAUUCCUAUAUUUAUAGUUGUCUGUUGUCUUUGUGUUCUCGCAUUUUUCCUUAUAAAGAAACACGUCGGAUAUCAGAAACAAGUUGCAGAUACAGAACCCGGAGAUAACGAUGCUGAUCUCUAA